CUCCUGCCCCCUCCCACCCUACGGAACCCCCCCAGCGCGGCCCAGGAGCACAGCGGCCGUUUGGCGGGCGAUGUGGAGGCAGCCCGGGGACUGCUGAGCGGGCCGAGGCCCGGCGGGGCUUCCCGCGACCCCGGCGUCCCUGCCAGCCGGGCCCGCGGGGCAGGGGCGGCAAGAAGCCGGACCCUACACCGGCCGCCGAGGUCAGAUGUUACCAUCGGUCGUGAAGAAGAGCGGAGUCAGGACCUGCUAAGCGCUGAUCUGCUUGUGCUCUGGACCAUGGACUCAUUGAGGGUGUCUCAGGUGUGAAAAUGUCCAGCAGUAACCGGGAGUUAGUGAUUGACUUUGUUUCCUACAAGCUCUCACAGAAGGGAUACAGCUGGAGUCAGCUGGAAGAGGAGGAUGAGAACAGGACUGACUUUGCCGCGGAGGAGGUCGAGAUGGACGGCGUCCUCAACGGGAGCCCCUCCUGGCACCCGCCCCCCAGCCACGUAGUGAACGGAGCUGCCGUGCACCGGAGCGGCCUCGAAGUCCAUGAAAUCAUUCAAACAGCCGAUGUGAGGCAGGCGCUGAGGGAGGCGGGGGAUGAGUUUGAGCUGAGGUACCGGCGGGCGUUCAGCGACCUCACUUCCCAGCUCCAUAUCACCCCUGGCACAGCGUAUCAGAGCUUUGAGCAGGUAGUGAAUGAACUCUUCCGUGAUGGAGUGAACUGGGGCCGCAUCGUGGCUUUCUUCUCCUUCGGAGGAGCGUUGUGCGUGGAGAGCGUUGACAAGGAGAUGCGGGUAUUGGUGGGACGCAUUGUGUCUUGGAUGACCACGUACUUGACCGACCACCUAGACCCCUGGAUCCAGGAGAAUGGCGGAUGGGAGCGGUUUGUGGACCUCUACGGGAACAACGCUGCUGCCGAGGUGAGGAAGGGACAGGAGACCUUCAACAAGUGGCUCCUGACUGGGGCAACGGUGGCAGGCGUGCUUCUGCUGGGAUCCCUGCUGAGCCGCAAGUGACCCACCACCGCGUCCCCCCGGCACCGGGACGGCUGCACCUUCACCGCCACAUCCACUACACUCCGCUCCUGAGCACCGUCACCGGGAGCAGCCUCCCGGGCGAGUGCCCCGCUCCUCGGAGCUUUCUCUCUCGUGCCGCCAGCUCCUUUUAGCGUAACCCCUCUUAAUUACCGUUCCGUUGUGUUUUAAAGGCGCUGCGACUGAUGCAGCACUUCAGCCAAUGGCUCCCAGCGCUGGGGAGGCCCAGGCAGCUGGGGGCAGGACUGGCUAGAAGGUGUCGCAGCCCUGCAGGGUCCUUUAGAUCACUUUGAAGAGAAUAAACAGACUUAUUUUUGCAUGUGUGAGUGCGUGCGUGUGUGUAGAUGUGUCACUAAUAUAGGGUUCCCCAGCCAGAGCGAGGGACCAGGCUCCAUGUCCCCAUCUCGGGCAUGCUUGGGGCCUGGGAGGAGGUGGGUGGCCGAGCGGGACCGAGCUUCCCGCAGCGUCCCUGCCCCUAUCCCCACAGUGUUCCUCCCCUGUCCCCACACUGUCCCUUUCCCGUCCCUGCUCCCUCUGGGCAGAGCUCAGGGGUUUAGCCAGGAGGAAGAGGCAGAGACUGGGGACAAUGAGCUCUGUCCGUGUCUCAGCUCUGGAGCCCCGUUCUCCUGGGACAUCAGCUGCUGGGAGCUGGUCUCAGGUGUGAGGAUGGUGUCAGGCCCAGGGCUGUCCCUGGUGUGAAGGGAUCCUGAUCCUCUUCCUCUUCCCUCUCCCUCUGAAUGUAGGUUGCUGUGGGGCAGUGCACAUCCCUCCUCACGCUUCCUCCAGACAGCAAAGGAGGCAGGUGAGGGGAGAAGCCCUUUCCCCGGCCCCCGCCCUGACACAAGGGGCUCUCCAGAGCACCCAGCGAGUGCAGGGAUAGAGCUGGGGGAGUGACAAAGGAGGGACAAGGGGACAGUGCUCCUGCCAUUUGCAGGAGUGGCAGCAGGGAAAGGCUAGAUCUAGAAUGGCUGGUCUGGCAGGGGGACAAGGCCAGGGAGGUGACAGCACCACCUGAGAGCCGUUCCCACCACUGGGGCCCCUCUUUGGGGACAGCAGGAGCCGCUGGCCUCUCCCGUGCCAUCCCAGUUGCUGCUGGUCCCUGUAGCGCAGGCAGAUCCUUGUCCCCAUAGUGUGGCUGUGACAGGUGCAUGCAGUGACAGAGGUGCCCGGUUCCCCUCCCCUCCCACCGCUCCACACUGAUCCUGCCACCGCGGGAACACGGGACCACUGAGCUUUGAGCUGAAAUUAGCUUCAAAAAAUAACCUUUCAUCCUUCAGAGACCAUCACCAACAGCCCCAGCUGUCCAUCCGGGCUUGUCUUAUGUACAUACCGCCCGCGCUCUUGCUGUACAUAUCUGAGUAGUUUUUAAUUCAUUUGUGAAUACUCUUUAAUGCUAUUUUUGUUAUCUUGUCUGUCUGUAUUUAUGUGUGGGGCCGUGCCAAGAGGGUCCUGUCUGGCCACGCUGAGCACGGGCUCGUGUUCCCCGUGGAGGAUCCACUCCUGUCGCCUGCGGCGCCAGGAGCGGAUCCUCCGCGGGGAACACGAGAAUUAGAAUUAUCCCCUUGAAUGCUUCGGUUUUGCAGGUGGAGGUGAGUCCACUAAUAAAGUCUUGUCCUUGGA